AUGAACAAUCCUGAGAUCUAUUUAAAUCGAACAUAUGAUGAAUCGAACAAACAAAAAUGUACUUUACUUAUGAUUGCUUGUUUAAAUGAGUUCGAAGACAUAGUACAAAUAUUGCUUAAUUAUUCUGGAGUUGAUCUCGAAGUGCUAAAUGAUAUACAACUCGAAGAAAGAGAUGAAAGUUUAUUAAUGUAUGAAAAUGUAACUGUUUUAUGGGCAGCAGUUGCCAUUGACAAUGUUAAUAUUGUGAAAUUACUUAUCGAACAUGGAGCUAAAAUUAAUCAUACAACUAAAACAAAUUCAACAGCAUUUCGUUGUGCUUGUUCCAAUGGUAAUAUGAAUAUUGCUCGUUAUUUGAAUAAGAACGGUGCUAAUAUACAUAUUGCCAAAAUACAUAAUGAAACAAAUCUUAUAUUAACUGUUUACAAUGAAGAUUUAAAAAUGGUAACUUAUCUUGUUGAUGAAUUAGGUUGUGAUGUAAAUGAAUCAAUGGAUAAUGGUUGUUCACCACUUUACUUUGCUGUAGAUCGUGGUUCAUUUGAAUUAGUUCAAUUUUUACUAAAUCAUGGUGCUCGAAAUUUUCGAUCAAAUCAUGAUCAAAUGUCUCCACUAUUAUUAGCAGCUGAAAAGAGACGAAUUGAUCUUGUCGAUGCUAUUUCUCCACAAUGUUCAUUGCUUGAAAAAAUCGAAGCGCAUGAAUUACUUGGAAGUGCUUUUGCCUGUGGUGAACAUGGAAGCUAUAAUCUUGAACAAUCGUUUGAAUACUUCUAUCGAGCACUUGAACUUCGAUUUCAACAUAAUCUUCCUAAAGUUCUACGGUUAUCAACUGUUGAAGUAUUUGAUAAUCGACAAGAAUGUCAAACAAUCGAUGAAUUAAAAAAACUUCAAUUAAAUGAUAAUCAUAUGUACAUUGAAGCAUUACUUGUACGUGAACGUUUGCUUGGUUCAACUAAUACAAAAUAUCGUCGUUCUCUUCAAUAUCAUGGUGCCGCUCUAGCUGAUAAUGCAGAGCAUUAUCGAGGAAUUGAGUUUUGGUUGUAUGAACUUAAUUUACGUCGACAGUACUCAUUAUCUAUUGACAUGGAAGAUUUGCGUCAGUGGGCUUCAAUGUUUAGUGACAUGUUACGUAAUUCAUUAUCGAUACCGAUUGUAUCAUGGCAGACAAUAAUAACAGUAGUAAUUGAAGAAUUAGAACAUCAUACGAAAGAUUUUGAUUAUAAUCUACAUACUUUACUUUUCUUAAUAACAAUCGUUAGUCAGAUGCUAUCAAAAUCAAUGAUUUCAUAUGAUGACCGUAAACUAUUUUAUCGACAUAUUCACAGCAUUAUUCAACGUCAAUAUGUUACCCAAACCUAUCGAUCUUCUCUAUUACAUUUAAGUUUAAGUAAUCAUACAUCUGCAAAUGACUAUUUCAUCGACUUCAUUUGCAAAUAUCCAUCUUUACAUACAGUUCAUUUACUUAUACAAUGUGGUGCUGAUGUGAAUGCCAGGGAUGCUGUUCAAAACACACCUCUUCAUAUAUUUGUUUCCCAAUCAACUAUAGUUGAUAAUACUAUAAUUCAAUAUCUAUUUGAUGCUGGUUCUCAUGCUGAUUAUGUCAAUGCUUUACGAGAGACACCUAUUGAUAUUGCAACAAAUUCAAAUAUUAAGCAAUUUAUUAGAACUAAAACAAAACUUAGCUUGAAGUGUUUAUGUGCAAGAUUAAUACAAAAGAAUUCCAUACUGUGUCAUGGAAAGAUUGCUAAUUCUCUUAUUAAUUUCGUUGAAAAACAUUAA